UCGUGUAUUUCCGGCGUGGUCCUUGCUAGCGUCUAGCUUAACGAUGAGCAGUCGAACCUGAGCGGUUGAGCCUUGCCCGCUUCGAAGAACGACUUGCGAAGGACGGAGAGCCCAUCGCUAUUGUCUCACAAAGAACAUUUCCGAGUUUUGAUUUGGUCUCUUUGGCUGCCACUGCCAGGAAAGCCUCGUCUCGUCGUCCAGCCAGACGGAGGGGAGUCGCGCGGCGAGGUGAGGCUUCCUUCCCCCGCCCUGAUCUGCGCGCGCGUCUGGAGGACGGCGAGCAUCAGGACCAGCAUCCGAGGGAGGCCUGGAGCAAAGGAGACGAGCCUCGAGGUGCUUGACGAGGAGCCCGAGGUGGGCCCGGAUUGCACUUAAAACCACAACCUGCAGGCUCGUUUAUCAGGAGCGUACGUGUUCGGAUGUGGACUAGGAUCAGGACCAGCAGGACUGCCGUUCAUUCAUCGUGCGAGUUUUGACAUCAUUGUCCCCCACAAGUCCCAGAAGAUUCCCUUCCUCACCUUGUCCCAUCUGUGAUUCCGAGGCCCCCCAUCACCCGUAUUUGGUGAGCCCCCCACCCCAUACCCCCCAACCAUGGAGACCACCAAGCUCCCCCCGUCCAGUCCGUCCUCACCCACCAGCAGCUUCUCGGUGCCGUCAGCGGAGAAAGUGGACGGCUUCGUGCGACGCUCCAUCCGCAGGGCGCGCCGAAGGAGGUCCCCUAGCUCGUCAAACUUCCGCUACCAGAGCUCCCUGGUGGAGCUUACGCCAUUGCCCCUUCUCAAAGACGCCCCCGCCGCUGAAUACCACGACCUCUUCAGCAAGAAGUUGCAGCAGUGCUGCGUGACCUUUGACUUCCUGGACUGCGUGGCCGACCUAAACGGGAAGGAGAUCAAGCGGGCGGCGCUCAACGAGCUGGUGGAGAACGUGGCCACCAGCAAAGGAGUCCUCAUCGAGCCACUGUACCCGGAGGCCAUUAAGAUGAUAUCCGACAAUAUCUUCCGCUGUCUCCCACCCUGCGAGAAUCCCGAGUUUGACCCGGAAGAGGACGACCCCCCGCAAGAGGCCUCCUGGCCACAUCUUCAGCUGGUGUACGAAUUCUUCUUGCGCUUCUUGGAAAGUCCUGAUUUCAAGCCCUCCGUGGCCAAGCGCUACGUGGACCAGAAAUUCGUAUUUCAGCUCCUGGAACUUUUUGAUAGCGAGGACCCCAGGGAGAGGGAGUACCUCAAGACCAUUUUACACCGCAUGUAUGGAAAACUUCUCGGCCUGCGAGCCUAUAUCCGCAAGCAGAUCAAUAACAUCUUCCUCAGGUUCAUUUAUGAGGCUGAGCAAUUUAACGGCGUCGCGGAGUUGUUGGAGAUCCUCGGCAGCAUCAUCAACGGCUUCGCUCAGCCCUUGAAGGCCGAACACAAGCAGUUCCUGGUUCGGGUUCUCAUCCCGCUGCACACGGCAAAGUCUUUGUCCGUCUUCCACGCGCCGCUGACCUACUGUAUUGUGCAGUUCAUUGAGAAAGACUCCACGUGCGCCGAACAUAUCAUCCGAGGAAUGCUAAAAUACUGGCCCAAGACGUGCACGCGGAAGGAGGUGAUGUUCUUGGGCGAGAUGGAGCAGAUCCUAGACGCCAUCGAGCCGUCUCAGUUCGUCCGAGUGCAGGAGCCGCUCUUCAAAAAGAUCGCCGCCUGCAUCGCCAGUCCUCACUUCCAGGUGGUGGAGCGAGCCUGUUAUUUUUGGAACAACGAAUACAUCCUGAGUCUGAUCGAGGAGAACUGUCAAGUUGUCCUCCCGCUGGUUUUCGCCAGCCUCUACACGUUCUCCAAGGAGCAAUGGAACCAGUCUCCCCCCAGACCCAUCGUGGCGCUCGUCUUCGACAUCCUGGAGACCUUCAUGAAAAUGAACGGCGAGCUGUUUGAACAGCUGGCGACUUCCUAUAAGGCGGAGAAACAAAAGGACGUCAAGCGGGAGAGGGAGCAGGCCGAGCUGUGGCGACGUCUGGAGGAACGGGCCGACCGCGAGCAUCACGACAAAGGGGACCAGCCGAGCCCCGCGCCAGGCGCAGACCGGCCCGAGGCCGGGGAGAGUGCCACCUAGGCGCCAAGUCAGGCGAUCUAAGAUCGAUAGAGGUACAAAGCCGAUCGAUAUUUUAUUUAUUUGUGUCACGGAAGUGGUAGCUUUUUUUUUUUCUUCCUGCUUUUACUUUUUUCAAAGAGUACACAAGGUCAAGAUUGUACCUUUUUUUUCCGGGACUGAGUUGCGCCGCUUAAUAAAUCAGAAAUGGAUCCGAAAACACGCAAGCGGACAAUUUUCGGGAUCGUCUCUGUCGACACGACACAAGAUUCAAGUUGGCUCAAUCAAACGUGUGUCAUGUACGCAAAUCAUCAACGCUUGUGUUUUCCAAAAAGCUGUCCACGCACUCGGAUUAAUUGUUUAUUUACAAGAGAUGAUGUAAAGUACAACAAAGUUCCUUCUCCUUGCUUGUUACUCUCCCACUAAUCUACUCCGUACGGCGGCGUGAAAAGAGGAUUCGCCCCCUUUUCACGGCGCCGUAUCUAAACGUCAUCAUUAUCGCUAGUACUAAUGACAAUGAGGAUGUUUUCUAUCUUUAUAUCAUUCGAUGUGCAUUCAUAACGUGUCUGUAGUGUGUGCUGAAAGAAACACGUGUAGCAGAUAACAGGAAUUGUGUGUGCAGAAAUUCCACACAACUGCCCUUUAGGGGAAAACAACUGGAUGCCAGUGGCUCUUUUCUUCUUUGUUGGUAGCGGAACGUUUUUUUUUUAUUUCAUCAAAACAAGUUGACCUCUGGCUUGAGCAACUGCACCUUAAGUGUGCUUUCGUCCAUCUUACUUUAGCAAUACUUUGGAUGUACCAUUUGAUCACUGUUCUUCCCGUUGUCUUAAACGGUACUUUUAUCUGUAUAUCAGUUAAAUGAUUUGAAUGAUAUAAUUAUUUUGUACUCAAUGAGCACCGUCAUUUGAAUGUGUGUGUGUGUGUGUGCGUGCGUGUGUGAGCUAGAGAGACAGGGUUUACAUUUGAAUGUAUAGUGAAACAAAAUUGAUUGUCUUUUUUGUUGUUUUAAUAAUCUACCUGUCAGCUAAAGCCUUGGUUAAAAUAUUUUAUUUUGUCACAGUGCAAAAAAAAAUAAAAUAAAAAAAAGAAGAAAAACAGCAAGAAAGCAGGGAGCAUUUGAUUGAUGCUGCUGAUCUCUCUCUCUCUCUCUCUCUCUCUCUCUCUCUC